CAAUGGAAUAAAUUACCCUCUUUACAACUCCCAUCCCUGCUCACAUGCACGUAAUUCCUCACACACACUCCUAUGAACUGCCCCGGGCCUUUGCUACAGUACUUUCAGGAAUGAAGACUGGAAAGAGACAUCCACUAAUCUCCUAAAUACACCCACUUCUUUCUCUCCUCCCCUCUCAUUCUCCUCUUCAUUGAGUCCAGCUCUGCUCUGCUCAGACCAGGAGGCAGACCCUCACAUGUGAAGUAAGGCUGUGUGGAUCUUGGACUCAUUGCUCAGCUAUGCAGUAGAGAGGAGGAUUAUCCCAAGCUGAGCACCGGUGCAAGGACUGGGCAUCUGGCCAUUUAUCCAUUACCUGGCUGCCUGAGAUAGACGCCACCAUACUCUCUGACUUUGUCUGUUUUCACCCAGAUUUCCUCUUCAUUCUUCCUCUUCCUCUCCCUCUCCCUCUCUCCUUCUGCCCCUCUUCCCCUCUCUCUCAACCAUGACUCUUUUAUCAGAGGACCAGUCUGUGAGGCCCCAACCCUGCCGGCUCUCGGAGCCAGGCAAACACAUCCGCACCUCUUUGCACCAGUUCUCAACAGACUACAAUGGCUCCAAGGAGGAGUACAUGGACAGUGGGGAGGGCGCGGUGUUCGGAGCCGUGGAGCCCCCCAGACGCUCUCGGGGUCGCCUCAUCCUCCACGGCCUGGUCAUGUUUGGAAGGGAAUUUUGCUACGCCGUGGAGGCAGCAUUCGUCACACCGGUGCUUCUGAGCGUGGGCCUUCCGCGCAGCCUGUACAGCUUGGUGUGGCUGAUCAGCCCCAUCCUGGGCUUCCUGCUCCAGCCCGUCAUCGGCUCAGCCAGUGACCACUGCCGCUCGGCUUGGGGCCGGAGAAGGCCUUACAUUCUGACCCUGGGCAUCCUCAUGUUGCUUGGAAUCACCCUGUUCCUGAAUGGAGAUGCAGUCAUCUCAGCACUAGUCAGUGACAGGUCAUUGAGGAGGAUAUGGGCCAUAGUGGUGGUGAUGUUCGGAGUUGUGCUGUUUGACUUCGCCGCAGACUUCAUCGACGGGCCCAUCAAGGCCUACCUGUUUGAUGUAUGCUCUCAUCAAGACAAGGAACGAGGUCUGCACUACCAUGCCCUCCUCACAGGUCUGGGCGGAGCGUGUGGUUACCUGGUGGGAGCUAUGGACUGGGGUCAUUCUGUGUUGGGUCAGCUGCUGGGCUCUGAGUACCAAGUCAUUUAUUUCUUCUCAGCAUUGACCUGGGGCAUCUUCCUCAGUGUGCAUCUCUUCAGUAUUCCAGAACAACCUCUGGGCAAGGACCGAUCUGCCUCUGACCCUUCACCUCCCAGUGCUCUCCGACUACUGGGGUCCCACAGUAAUGGAUAUGGAGCAUUGGCUAAAGAGCCUGUCUCUCCUGUAGUCCCAGCAUCUGUACCAGACCUCAGACCUAGGUCCUUCUCUGCUCUGGGGGAGGCCAACUCGGUGACCUCUAGUGCCAAGCAGCCAAACAAGGAGGCCCAGAAGAGGAUGACAUUCAGGUCGCUGAUGAAAACCAUCAUCAGUAUGCCAAGCCACUACCGCUACCUGUGUAUCAGUCACCUGCUGGGAUGGACAGCUUUCCUCUGCAAUAUGCUCUUCUUUACUGAUUUUAUGGGACAGAUUGUAUACAAAGGAAAUCCUUAUGCUGACCAUAACUCUACAGCCUAUGUCACAUAUGAGAGAGGAGUAGAAGUAGGCUGCUGGGGACUGUGUAUUAAUGCUGUGUCCUCUGCUCUCUACUCCUAUGUGCAGCGUUUCCUUCUCCCAUACAUUGGCCUGAAAGGAUUAUACUUCAUGGGCUACUUUGUGUUCGGUAUGGGCACCAGCCUGAUUGGUCUCUUCCCCAACAUCAUUGCCACGCUCAUCCUCUGCAGCGUGUUCGGCGUCAUGUCCAGCACGCUCUACACCAUCCCGUUCAACCUGAUAGCAGAGUAUCAGCGUGAGGAGGAGGAACAAAUGAAGCUGCGGGGAAGCAACCACAGUCCACGUGGCACCGGGGUGGACUGCGCCGCGCUCACCUGCAUGGUCCAGCUGGCUCAGAUUAUCGUGGGCGCGGGGCUCGGCGCUCUGGUCAACUUGGCAGGAAGUGUGGUUGUGGUGGUCCUCUCAGCUUCGACCAUGUCUCUGUUUGGCUGCAUCUUCAUCGCCCUAUUUAUCAGAUAUGUGGAAUGACUCUGCUCGUAUGAAAGUAUUUUAAUGGUAUUGU